AUGCGCUACCCGAAAGACCUUCAGUGGUGGCCUAUUGAGAUCUUGCGGGCUCUGGGUGACGUCGCCGACGAAAUGCCCGGCAUCGAAAACUGCAACAAAGUCUACGAUCUACUCGUAGAGGGCAAAAUGAAGAGGAAGAAGGACAGUUCGAACACUUUGUCAGCAAAGAUACAGCUAAGCGACAUAUCGUAUGUUCAAGAGCAGAGAUACAAUGAGGGAAAGCAGAAGAUGGUUGACACAAAUGGGGAUGAUGACGAACCAGAUCCCACCAAACUUACAACUGAUGACGACGAGGUAGUCGAUUCGCCUUAUGAUACAGACGACGCAGACGACGCCAUCAAGCCCGGCAAGACCUCUGGAGCAACUGCCACACUAGACACGACCGUUGCAACCAUCAAUCAGCAAGAUGACGACUCAGAUGCCCUGCCAGCUGAUAUACUUCCCACAGAUAGCCAAAAAGAUAAGUACAGAAAGUGGAACCUCUGGAUCAACUACUACUGGCAAGUACGGGACUGCAGAGAUCUAAUCCCGUUUAACAUGCUCCAAAGACAUAACAAAAUACCAAUUCGAAGUCGCGAGUUGAAAAGCUACGGAACUAAUGGAAACGGUGAGGUCUUGAAGCUGCUCUACGAGCUAGCCAAGAUAACUCGAAUGCAACAGAAAGAUGACGCGUGGAAGAUUAUCAAGGGACACUGUGCCGACAGACCGAUACGUAAGAAUAGCUACAAGGCGCUUUCGAUUAGCGAUGUUAAGUUCGCGCUUGAUUACUUCCGGGAUUUGCUGCAGGAUGAAAGGGAGUCGUCUGCCGCUGCUGAUGGAGUGGAUUCUGCAGCGGCUUCGAACCACACUGAGACUCAAGGUCAAGAAGAGAUUGAGGAGGAAGCUUCUUUGGCUGGAGACGAGAAUCAGGAAACGUAG